AUGAUUGCCCAUUUUUGUGGGAAACUAUUGGAUCAAGAAGUUAGAGAGUUGGACACUGGAACCAUGCAGCAGUCUUUCUGCUAUUUCUACAACCAAGCCCUCUGCUCCAACAACAUUGAUUCAUCUUUCCCUUGGCCUGGCUUGACUGAUGAGCAGGGCAUCAUGUUCACAGACAAAGCCCCAGCUGCAGUGGCACAGCGUAGAUUCCACUUGGCUAUCAAUUGGGAGCCUUCUCCAAUUGAAGUGUUCCCUUGCACCCAGUCUUGGGUUGCCACAAUUGUUACCCCUGGAUUAUUAGCUCCCUUCUUUCUAGAGCUUGCACAGCCUACCACCUCCUAUCCUCCAGGUAUCCUUUUUGGCACUUCUGGCAGGUCACUUGAGCAGCUUGAAAAGGCUGCAUUGCUUGGAGAAGAUCCAUUGUCCUGGACACAGUCACAUGACCAGUACAAGUGGUUGCAUGCUGGCCCAAGCCCAAAUUUGGGGGGUAGCAGGUGUAAUCAUGGGUUGUCAGCAGAGGAAUAA